AUGCGGUGGAGUCGUCCAGCUCGAUGCUGGCUCUCGCGCCGUUGGGCUCCUGGCCCGCGCUUUUAUUCGGGAGGUCCGCCUCCAUGGCGACCUGUCUCGGCCCUAGAUGAAUGGGUGGAGCGCCAGAUCCGCCCCAUCAGUCUACGCCAGUUGACCUUCUUCGGCCGGACUUUAACAGAGCCACGACUCAUUAGCUCGGCCAACUAUGUGCGGACGGAGCUGCCCACUCGACUGGCACAUCGUCUCCGCGACAUUCAGCAGUUACCCUACGUGAUCGUCUCCAAUCCGCACCUCUCGCUUGUCUACGAAUUGUACUAUAAAGCUUUCGAACGAUUCCGAGUCGUGCCCGAAAUUCGCAGCCUCGAUGACAAUGACCGUUUUUGCGAUGUCCUCCGCGAGACGCUGAAGGAACACCUCGUCAUCAUCCCCAACCUCGCUAUGGGAGUUCUGGAAUGUCAGGAACUCAUGCCACCCGACGACAUGGACCGGUUCAUGAACACCUUGCUGCGAGCGAGAAUCUCUCGUCGGGUCAUUGCAGAGCAACAUCUCGCUCUCACAGACACCUUCAACUCGCCAUGGCACUUCCCCGACUCCCACGAGCGAACGGACAUGAAUGCGGACUUUGUGGGCGAGGUAUUCCUGAAGUGCAAGGCCAAAGAAGUGGUCGAGCGAUGCGGCCGGGUGGCGCAGGAGUUGAUGCGACAGACCUCGCAGUCGACUCAGAUUCCCGAAAUCAAGGUGCAGGGUCACCUCGAGGCGACUUUUCCCUACAUUCUCAGCCACCUCGAAUAUAUCAUCGGAGAGCUCCUGCGUAACUCCGUCCAGGCCGUGAUUGAGAAGUACCAGGACGCUUCGCAGCCGCCGCCUCCCAUCGAGGUACUCAUCUGCGAAACCCCCCAGCACGUGAUUAUGCGCAUAUCCGACCAGGGCGGCGGCAUCCCGCGGGAGAUCCUACCGUACUUGUGGUCCUUCAGCAAGGGACCGCGGACGCAGACACGACUGGAGAAUCUGGGCAAGGUGCCCGCCAUGGCCGCCACGAUGCAGGAGCUCAAGGUGUCCGAACGGAAGCAUGGUGAAGGCUGGCACGAGGGCUCCCUCGACACUCUGACCUCGCGGCACCCCAAUCUCCGACUGGGAAUGGGGUUGCCCAUGAGCCGGGUCUAUGCCGAGUAUUGGGCGGGCAGUCUCGAGCUUCAUAGCCUGGAGGGGUACGGCGUGGAUGCCUUCCUCCAGAUCUCCAAGCUGGGGAACAAGAACGAGCAGGUGACCACUCGGGCGGCCAUCGACGCCGUGUGA